GACCUCCUUUAAACCUGGUUCUGGUUGGGAGCAGAGAAGCUGAGAAGACUUUAGCAGCUAAAUCUAUUUUAAGUAAGACAGAUCUUCGUCCAGCCUCCAGCCCAUCAGAGUGUGUUAAACAUGAGGCAGAGGUGUGUGGACGUCAGGUUUCUGUGCUGGAGAUGCCUCCUCUGUACAGGAAACCACCUGAGGAAGUGAUGGAGGAAUCCCUCAGGUGUGUCUCCCUCUGUGAUCCUGAGGGGGUCCAUGCCUUCAUCCUGGUCCUACCUGUGGGUCCCCUCACUGAUGAAGACAAGGGAGAGUUACAGACCAUCCAGGACGCAUUCAGCCCUCGAGUCAAAGACUUCAUCAUGAUUCUGUUCACUGUGGACUCAGAUCCUGCAGAUCCAGCUGUUSUUAACUUUAUAAAGGAGACCAAGGAGAUCCAGGAGCUCUGUCAGAGCUGUGGAGGAAGAUAUUUUGUUCUUAAUGUCAAGAACAAGAUGCAGAUCCCACAACUGCUGAAGUUUGUCGACAACACAAGAGGGUCUGAUGAUAAACCAAAGUCCUACACAACAAAUACACAUGCAAAUGCUGAAAUUGAAAAAAACAUUUGUAAUCAGCAGGCAGAACAUCAGGAUCUAAAGAUAAAGAAAAAUUCCAACAGUGUUGAAGAGCAGCAGAGUCCAGAGAGUCUCAGGAUUGUUCUGAUUGGGAAGACCAGCUAUGGAAUAAGCACUUCAGGAAACACCAUUCUGGGUCGAGAUGAGUUCAAAGCCGAUGGCAUCCAGAUAUCUGUCACCAAACAGUGUCAGAAAGCUCAGGGUGAGGUGGACGGUCGGUCCGUCACUGUGGUUGACACUCCAGGAUUUUUUCACACAACAAUGUCUAAUGAAGAAGUUAACAAGGAGAUGAAAAAGUGCAUCAGUCUGCUGGCUCCAGGACCUCAUGUCUUCCUGUUGGUGCUACAGAUCGGCAGGUUCACUGACGAGGAGAAGGAAACUUUAAAACUCGUGAAGCGAGUCUUUGGAAAGAUGUCUGAAAAGUUCAUCAUCAUUCUUUUCACCAAAGGAGAUUCUUUAGAGCAUCACUCAAUGUCUGUGGAGGAAUACAUCAACACAGGUGAGGACUUCAUCAAGAACCUGAGAAGAAGAAGAUCAGAAGAAGAAGAAACAGGAAGCUGCAGAAGAACAAGAGUUUGAGAAAAAACUGAGUGGUAUACAGGAAAAAAUAAAUUCAGCAUCAGAUUUGGAGAUAAAAAGUUUACUGCAGCAGCUUAAAGAAAGUUUGAGUAAACAACAAGAAAACAGCCAGAGAGAACAGAGAGAAUACUGGGACAGGAGGAAAAAUGAGAAUGAAAACACAGGAAAGGAGGCUGAAUCCAAACUGAAACAGCUGCAGAUGGAGUACGAUCAGAUGAAGGAGACAUUUGAAAAGGAUGAACUAAAUGAAGAUGAAACUCUGAGAGAGUUGGAGGACAAAUAUGAGAGAAAAGCUCAGGAGAUAAAAAAGAAGUAUGAAAAAGAUGCUCGAGACGAAGCUGAAGAGUUUAAUGACGUCAGACAGAAAAACACAGCAAAUUUUGCAGGUUUGAAGGAGGAACACCGGGAGGAAAGCCACGUUUUGAAAGAACAACACAAGAAACAAACCAAAGAAAGAGAAGAGAAGUACAACAGAGAGUAUAAUAAACCUUUGGAUAACCUGUAAAUUCACAAAGAAGAACAAUUUAAAAAGAACUCAGACUGAGUUCGAGAAUUUAGGAAAGGAGUAGAUGAAAGAUGUCAAUCACAUGAAGGAGAAAUACUCCAAUAACUGUGAAAUCCUUUUUAAAAAAUCCUUUAAAAAUAGCAUCAACUUGGACUGGCAAAUGGAAACAUUUGGAUCAAAAUAAAGGAAGGAACACAGGCUAGAAUGGUUAAAUAAAUCAAAGAUUUGGAAACAUUUAAAUGAGUUAAAGAGGGAAAAACCAUAAAUGAAACAACUUGGUAAAAAUGAAUUAACAAUAUAACAGAAAUGAGAGAUAAACUCAAAUAUGAAAACUGUA